AUGUCCCGGAAUGACCUGAAAGUCCUCCAGGCCAUUCUGUCCACUUCGCGGACUGCACCGCGUGCAGUAUCUCGCCGCAUCGCCCCGAGACUUCGUCGAAAUGCAAGCACGAGCUCCAGACCACCAGCCAAAUCAGCAGAGGACCCAAACUUCAUCUCGAUAGUUGACGCUCCACCGCGACUUGUCUCUACGAAAAGAAGAACUACAAAACUUGGAGUAGCUGCGCUCGCUCUUAUACCAUUUACUGCCUUCUGUCUGGGGACGUGGCAGGUGCAAAGGUUGGAUUGGAAGACGAAGUUGGUCGCGAAGUUCGAAGACCGACUCGUUCGCCCUCCUCUACCUCUUCCACCGCGGUUAGAUCCAGACGCUAUUCACGACUUUGAUUAUCGACGAGUUUACGCAACAGGCAAGCUUCGGCAUGAUAAGGAGAUGCUGAUCGGUCCGCGCAUGCACGAUGGACAAGACGGAUUCCAGGUCGUCACACCACUUGAGCGAGAAGACGGCAGCACCAUACUGGUCAACAGGGGAUGGAUCAGCAGGGAGAAACAGUUCCAUCAAGACAGAGACCCAUCAUCUCUGCCCACAGGACAAAUCACAGUGGCAGGCUUGUUGAGAGAGCCAUGGAAGAAAAAUUGGUUCACGCCUGAGAAUAAGCCGGCGGAGGGCAAGUUUUUCUUCCCAGACGUCUAUCAGAUGGCAGCCAAAGCAGGCUGUGAACCUGUAUGGAUUGAGGAGACCAUGCAGCCGAGUUUGCUGGAGAGCUACGAUCGGGAAGCCAAGGGUAGGCCGAUUGGAAGAGCAGCAGAAGUCAAUUUGAGGAAUAACCACGCACAGUAUAUCUUCACAUGGUACUCGCUGUGCGCAGCCACGUCGCUAAUGAUGUGGAUGGUGCUCAAGCGCAAGCCGUCAGAUCUAUCCAGGAGAGUUCGACAUACCACGAACUGGUGA